CGCGAACGUCAGCUCCAGACAAAGAUGAACAGGAUUAUCUGGAGAAGUCAAGGAUGAGUCAGUCUGUGCCGCCACCAUACUAUCCCAACACAGGAUACCAGAUUUCAAGAGUCAAUCCCAUCCCUUCUGGAUAUCCAAACCAACCGUACGGGGCUCCAGCAGGCCCUCAGGGCCCGUAUACCCAACAGCCAUAUCCAGGGAUGUCUGCGUAUCCCCAGGUAGCGUAUGUUGGUCAAACUGGGGUUACGGUUCAACCCACUGUGUUUGUGGCUCCAGUGCAGGCUGCUCCGGAUUACUUGUGCUACUCCAUCUUUACCAUGCUGUUCUGCUGUUUACCCCUGGGCAUCGCCGCUGUCGUCUACUCGUGCUACACUCGAGAUGCUAACUUGGCUGGACAGCGAGAGUUAGCGAUGAGCAACUCCCGAGCGGCGUUGAUCCUGAACAAUGUGGCUCUCGGUAUCGGCCUCACAAUCAUUGUCAUGGCCAAUGCCCUCAUAUUUACAGUUUGA